AUGGCAGAACUCACCCCAGAGCAGAUCGAGCUCGCAGCCGAAGCUUUCAUCACUGGAGCUCACGAUAUCAACCUUGGUCUCUUUGUCGUCGCGUCGGGUACAGACGCCUUUCUGCUGGGUAUCUUGAUACUCCAAGUCAUCGAUUAUUGGAAGUAUUCCUACGGAGACAAGUGGCUCAUCAAGACCAUCGUAAUUGUGGCCACCACUUCGACGUUCGUCUGCUCGAUCUACAUUGCCUUCUGCAUUUUCAAGCUAUAUGUGUUUGGUUAUGGUCGAUACACUCAGUUCAUGGAGACUACGAUACUUCCUUGGUCUUGUCUUCUGGAUGUCAUACCUUCAACGGCUACCCAGCUCUUCUUUGGUCUUCGGGCGUAUCGCAUGUCUAAGAACAACAAAAUGGUAGCAGCUGCGAUAACUCUCUUUGUGCUUAUCUCGGCGAUAGGAGGUCUCGGCACAAUCCCUUCCUACAUCCUUGCCUCUGACGCGAGCAAUUCAUCUGGUGUUCGAUUGAAAGUGAUGAUUCUAAUGUGGCUUUGCGGCGCAAUUGCUGCAGAUGGGCUCAUCAUGGUGGUCAUCAUGCGCAACCUGCUUCAGUCGAGGAGUGGAUGGAAGAGCACUGAUCGAACCGUCAACAAGCUCAUGACUCUUCUGAUCGAGACCCAGAUCCCUCCCACCAUCUGCAUGCUCGUCUUCCUGAUAACAUAUCUCGGCUUCGUCGACCGCAUGUUCCUUGAUGUUUGGGCCCAAUGGACCCAAAGCAAGUUUUACGUGUGCGGUCUGAUGGCGUCUCUCAACAGUCGUUACUUUCUACGUCGGGCUAUUGACGAGGGAUUUGACACGCCUGCUGUGAAGAAGCCGACUGAGGUCCAUGUUAUUACAGAGACGCAUGUUGCUCGAAGUGAAGGCUAUGUCUCUCCCAUCUCUCCAAGCAUCAAAUCGCCCAAUCCUUUCCUUCGAUCCCCCAUUACCGAGAAGUCCCAGCAGUCACUACAAGCAGCAUCGUACACCAACACCACAUCUUCUACCUACACCUCUCGACGACGUCAGCCUCUCGACCUGGAGGCCGACCGGGAAUCCGAGCAGGAGGAUAGAGAUGAGGUACACAAGAUGGAUUAUCUCGAUAACCCGAGUAGAACUGGCCUGACUGAGUUCGAGAACUCGAAGAGCGUGCAUGCUGUUUAG